CUCGGCGCAAUCGCGUAAUGUUUUUUUUCAGUGCCGAAAACAACAUCAAAAUUUUCAUAACAAUGUUGGGAUUUUAGAGACAGCCACAAAAUUUAGAAGCACAUGUGCCCUGCUAGAGCGAACCGAACCUGAGAACCGAUCGCCGAAAGAAGCUGCAGAUUGUUGCAUAAACCGCGCGCGCAGCUACCGCUCCGAACUCCAAGAGGUGCUCCACGGGUCUCCGAGCUUUCCGAACUUUGGAUGCGCCGCGAUGAGCUUGCUGGUGCAAGUGUUCAAGUGGGACCAGCGAUGUCGCAUGCUCCACCGGGUGGACAUCCUGCUGAGGCGUGGCGUCAAGAAGCAGGCGGUGUAUCCGACCAAGUGAGUGGUGUCCUGAAUCCUCCUGAAAAUUGCAUAACACGUCAUUUGUACAGACUGGCUGAGGUGGGUCGCCUGGUGGAGGCCCGCGACGACCGGUACGAGACGGGCCAACUAUUCCUGCACCGCAUCUUCGGCUACCGCGGCGUUAUACUCUUCCCCUGGACAGCCCGCGUCUACGACCGGGAUCUGCACAAUCCCGGCAAGAUCAGCGCCACCACGACUGCGAGCGCCAAUCCGACGCAGCAGAACCAUACCAAAGAGGCUACGCUCCGCGUGAAGGCCAACACCUCCGCUACCCCAACGGCUGCUACCGCUCAGAGUGGCGAUGCCCCCUCCUCGACCGCUUUUGAGGCGAACGCUGCUGAAAGUACAGGCACCACUAACGUGGGUACCGCCUCCCAAGUGGAUCCCAAAGAGGUCAAGGGCAAGGUGCAAACCUUUUAUCAGGUGCUCAUAGACACCCGCGACUGUCCGUACAUUCGCGCCCAGACCGAGGCAGUCACCUUUCUGGGCAACCAGGACUCCAACCGCAGCCUGUACGCCAUCCCCGGGCUGGACUACGUGGCCCACGAGGACAUUAUGCCUUAUAGCUCCAGCGAGAAGAGUCCACUGCAGCAUGAGCUGUUCGACAAGUUCCUUACGCACGCUCCGGACGCGGACCCGCCAUUUGUGGGCCAGGACACGCUGAAGGCGUGGCAGGAGAAGAACCAUCCCUGGCUGGACAUGAGCGAUGUGCACAAGGAGACCACGGAGAACGUGCGCAUUACCGUGAUUCCCUUCUACAUGGGUUGCCGCGAGACACCUGCUAGUUCGGUCUACUGGUGGCGCUACUGCAUCCGACUGGAGAACCUCGGCGAGCUGAGCGUGCAACUCCGCGAGCGCCACUGGCGCAUUUUCUCACUGUCCGGAACCCUCGAGACGGUGCGCGGAAGAGGAGUAGUGGGCCAGGAGCCCAUUCUGAGCCCCCGGCUGCCCGCCUUCCAGUACAGCAGCCAUGUCAGCCUGCAGGCGCCCAGCGGCCAUAUGUGGGGCACCUUCCGGCUGGAGCGCGAGGACGGAUACUCCUUCGAUUGCAAGAUUCCGCCCUUCUCACUGGAGAGCAAGCCGGACGACCUGGGGACGCCCACACCGGCCACGCCCAGUGCCCACGAUAAGAAGCGCGACGAUAGCGAUUAAGAGGCAGUUGUUGACCCGUAGUUAAAUGAUUUUAAAACGCAAUCUUUUCUGACAAUGCAUGCGUACAUGUGUUUAGUGCAAAUUACAAUAAUCAACAAGGA